AUGACUAGGGUGGAUUCUUCUUCUUCUUCUUCUCUUACUUCUUGCAAUGACUCAUUCUCGACAAACAAUUCUAGUGGGUGUAAGAUGUACAAAGGAGUGAGAAAGAGAAAAUGGGGCAAAUGGGUGUCCGAAAUUAGGCUUCCCAAUAGCCGUGAGCGUAUAUGGUUGGGGUCUUAUGAUACUCAGGAGAAGGCAGCGAGGGCUUUCGAUGCAGCCCUCUUCUGCCUUCGAGGCAAGGAUGCCAGUUUUAACUUCUCGGACACACCUCACCACCUGGAAAUCGACUCGAUCAAGACUCCGCGAAGUCAUCAAGACAUCCAAGAGAUGGCAGCAAAAUUCGCCAAGGAGAUGGGGAGUUUGACAGGAGAAGAAGAUGGAGAACAUGGAGCUCAAAGUGAGUCCGAGUCCAAGUCCAACCACUCCACAGACACCAACACAAACACAAGCUUUCCUAUUUUUGAUGGUGGGACAAAUCAUCACGUGCAAGUAGACUUAGAGACCAUGGAUUGGACAUUUAUGAACAUGUUGGAUGACUUAAAUGGUGGCUCCGAUUUUGACCUCUAUUUUGGGGCAGACAAGGGUGAGUUUUUCUGUCCCACAACACAAACUCCACUGCUCUUUCACCAUGUGGAUGAGAUUGAAGGUGGUAAUGAUCAUGAUCAUGAUGCCUUUUCUAACCACUCUUUUCUUUGGAGUUGGAACUUUUGA